CAAGUAUCUCUCACUCCACAAGUACCAAUUGCAAUAUCUCUCUUCUCUCUUUUCAUCAGAUAAGUAAUUCAAAAAUGGCGAAAGUUUCAAAGUACUGUGGUGUAGCUUUUGCUAUGGUACUGGUGUCGCUGUUGGCAUUAGGAAUCAUAACUGAGAGCCGCAAGCUUGACGAAGAUGUAUUUUCCGGCCACGAUGGUGGUGGCUUCGGUGGCGGUGCAGGAGGAGGAUUCGGCAAGGGUGGGGGACUAGGUGGUGGAGGUGGUGCUGGUGGUGGCUUUGGUGGUGGAAGAGGCAAAGGCGGUGGUGCAGGAGGUGGAUUUGGGAAGGGCGGUGGAGUUGGAGGCGGAGGUGGUGUCGGUGGCGGCAUUGGAGGUGGUGCAGGAGGAGGACAUGGAGGUGGAGCUGGUGCAGGAGGAGGAUUUGGCAAGGGCGGGGGAGUAGGUGGUGGAGGUGGUGCCGGUGGCGGCUUUGGCGGUGGGGGCGGUGCUGGUGGUGGAGGAGGCAAGGGUGGAGGAGUUGGAGGAGGAGGUGGUGCCGGUGGCGGCUUUGGUGGUGGUGUUGGGGGAGGACAUGUAGGUGGAGGUGGUGCAGGAGGAGGAUUCGGCAAGGGCGGAGGAGUUGGAGGAGGAGGUGGUGCCGGUGGUGGCUUUGGUGGUGGUGCUGGGGGAGGACAUGGAGGUGGAGGUGGUGCAGGAGGAGGAUUCGGCAAGGGCGGGGGAGUUGGAGUUGGAGGUGGUGCUGGUGGCGGCGUUGGUGGUGGUGUUGGGGGAGGACAUGGAGGUGGAGGUGGUGCAGGAGGGGGAUUCGGCAAGGGCGGGGGAGUUGGAGGCGGAGGUGGUGCUGGUGGCGGCGUUGGUGGUGGUGCUGGGGGAGGUCAUGGAGGUGGCGGUGGUGCUGGUGGUGGCAUUGGUGGUGGUGCUGGGGGAGGUCAUUUAGGCGGAGGUGGUGCUGGUGGUGGCAUUGGUGGUGGUGCUGGGGGAGGACAUGGAAUUGGAGGGGGUGCGGGAGGUGGCUUCGGGGGCGGCAAAGGAGGCGGUGGAGGGAUUGGAGGUGGAGCAGGUGGCGGUGUUGGAGGAGGAGUUGGUGGUGGAGGCGGUGCCGGUGGUGGCUUUGGAGGCGGCAAAGGAGGUGGUGGAGGGAUUGGAGGUGGAGCAGGUGGCGGUGUUGGAGGAGGAGUUGGUGGUGGAGGCGGUGCCGGUGGUGGCUUUGGAGGUGGCAAAGGCGGCGGCGUAGGAGGUGGUGCUGGUGGGGGUGGAGGAAUUGGCGGUGGUGUUGGCGGCGGAUUUUGAGUUUUGAGAGGUCCGAAGUUGAGGGACAUCAGUAAUGAUGUAACUACUGCUGUAAUGUUACUAUGCCCGUGCAUGGAUUUCUUUUCUUGUUGUCUUUAGCGGUGAAAUUGCUGCAUGGAUUUCACAUGCUCCGUCGUCUGUCACCUUGUCCCUCGUGAUAUUUAGUUGAAUAAAAUGUAGCCCUACUUCUCGCA